AUGAAUGUUCGCGACCCUUUCAAUCUACACCAGAACUCUGCCCUCAGCGUUUUCAAGAUCACGGCCGCUCGAGCUGCCCAUAACAUCAAAGAAAAAGCAGUCGAGGCCGGAGCCACUGCGCUGAGCGACAUGUCUUUCAAUGUGCCGAAGAACGUUCCUUCGUUUAGCAAUCCCCAGCGAGUACUCGAAGAUCGAUACUGGGGCGCGUCCGCCAACAACCGAUCCUACCGUGGAGGCAACUCUGGUAUCUUCCACGGUGUGCAAGGGCGGGUAGAAGACCUCUUGGGCACCAAGGGCCAGCUUCCCAUGUACAAGGACAAGCCCUAUGCCCACCACGCAAGCCGGAGGUUUCGGCCUCUCUGGCGGCGGAAACGCUCCAUCUUCGUCUCCCUGCUAUGCUUCGUAACAGGCCUUUGGUUCUUUGGCUUCUUCUCCGAGGGUUCCAAGGCCCGCGAGUCGGCAACGUCAUGGACUGGUUGGCUGGGUGCUUCUGAGCCCACGGGCAAGAAGGUAGACUGGCUCAAGAGACGGGAGAGGGUGGUUGAGGCCUUUGAGCUCAGCUGGGACGCCUACGAGCGCUAUGCUUGGGGAUACGACGAGUACCACCCCAUUGCGAAGACCGGACGACAGAUGGCACCCAAGGGACUCGGUUGGAUCAUCAUCGAUUCGCUCGACACUAUGAUGCUGAUGAAUUUGACAUCACGCCUGAGUCAGGCGAGGCAAUGGCUUGCUAAAGACUUGACAUGGGAUCAAGAUCAAGACGUCAACACCUUUGAGACAACCAUUAGAAUGCUCGGCGGCCUUCUCUCUGCGCAUUAUCUAUCAACCGAGUUCCCCGAACUAGCCGCGAUCAAAGACGACGACCCAGGCGCGCCUGGCGAGGACUUAUAUUUGGAAAAAGCAAAGGAUUUGGCCGAUCGUUUGAUGAGUGCUUUUGAUUCGCCGUCAGGAGUUCCCUACGCGAGCGUCAAUUUAGCCACUUACAAAGGCAUUGUAUCCCACGCGGAUGGCGGCGCCUCGUCGACUGCUGAGACGACGACACUACAGCUCGAAUUCAAGUACCUGGCCAAGCUCACGGGCGAAAAGGACUUCUGGGACAAGGUCGAACGGGUUAUGAAGGUGGUCGAUGAUAACGGCGCUCAGGAUGGGCUUGUCCCUAUCUACCUCUACGCCACGACGGGAGAGUUCAGGGGAGACAAUAUUCGCCUAGGCUCCCGCGGUGACUCGUACUAUGAGUACCUGAUCAAGCAGUAUUUGCAGACGAAUAAGCAGGAGCCCGUCUACCUGGAGAUGUGGGAUGAAGCACUCGCAGGAGUGCGCAAGCACCUGAUCACUUACAGCAAGCCCUCUGGAUUCACUGUUCUUGGAGAGCGCCCCUCCGGCCUGAACCAUGAGCUGUCUCCGAAGAUGGAUCAUCUCGUGUGCUUCAUGCCCGGUACGAUUGCUUUGGGAGCGACGGGAGGUAUUCCAGAGGCAGAGGCCAGGAAACUCCCCACGUGGAACAAGAAGAAAGGUGAGGACAUGAAACUGGCCCGCGAGCUCAUGCAGACCUGCUGGGGCAUGUACAAGUGGAUGGCGACAGGACUUGCCGCCGAGAUCACUUACUUCAAUGUCGACGACCCACCCGCGUCGCCUUCAGCUUCGCACCACCCACCCAAAGAGUUUGAUCUUGAUCCGCAUGCCAAGUGGCGACAGGAUUUUGAGGUUCACUCUCAAGAUGUCCACAACCUUCAACGACCAGAGACCAUUGAGAGCGUCUUCUACAUGUGGAGAAUCACCGGCGACAUCAAAUACCGUGAAUGGGGCUGGGAGAUGUUCAAGUCGUUUGUCAAUUACACCUCGGUCGAGGAUGGGGGAGGCUUCACGAGCUUGAGCAAUGCCAACACGAUCCCUCCAGUUGUGCGCGACAACCUUGAAAGCUUCUGGAUGGCCGAGACACUCAAGUACUUCUAUCUCUUGUUCUCGCCGGAUGACUUGUUGCCCAUGGACACGGUCGUCUUCAACACGGAAGCGCACCCGUUCCCCCGCUUCGAUAUGGGCAAACUAUUCAACACAGGCUGGAAGCGCAAGCCGAGAGACGCCAACGGAAAGCUGAUUGUGGAAAAAGUGGAACAAGCAUGA